AUGUCUGGGAUUAUUAUUGAAGCUGGUAAAGAUCAUGAUAUAGUGAAUUAUAGAGUUCAAUAUGAAUUGCAGUUGACGUACGGAAAUAUCGGCGAUAAAGAUCUGGAAAAGAUUAUAGUUUGUGGAGUUAUCACGCAAAGAUAUGAUGAUAAGAUUCAUAAGAAUAUAAAUGACCUUGUGGGGAAACCAGCUAGAGAUUAUCUUCCUAAGGAAAGAAAACUCAUUACGUAUCUUCAAGGAGGACCUGGAUUCCCCUGUAAGUUCCCUGGUAGUGGAGAUUCGAUUGUCAAGGUUCUUCUUGAUCGUGGGUAUCAAAUAUUUUGGCUUGAUCAAAGAGGUACUGGAUACAGUACAGCUAUUGAAUCUAGACUGUUGGUAGAAAAGUUUGGUGGUUCAACAGAAGAAAUUGUUGAGUAUGUUUUAAAAUUCCGGGCAGAUUCAAUUGUUCAAGAUUGUGAACAAAUUAGAAAAGAUCUUUUAAAUGAUGGUAAAUGGUCACUUUUAGGCCAAUCUUACGGAGGCUUCUGUAUUUUCACCUAUCUUUCAAUGUUCCCAGAUUCGAUUAAAGAGGCAUUGAUCACUGGAGGUGUCCCACCAGUGGGUCAUACUCCUCAAGAUGUAUACACUGCAACAUAUGCACGUACCACUGAACGUAAUGUUCACUACUACCGUAAAUACCCUCAAGACGUCGAAAAGGUUGCCACAAUUGCCAAGUACUUGUCUGACCAUGUAGUUGAAUUGCCCAAUGGAGGAAUUCUUUCCGUUGAAAGAUUUCAAACCUUGGGACUUAAUUUUGGACAUAAUGGUGGAACCGAUGAAAUCCAUCUGAUUAUCCUGAAACUUCAUUAUGAUUUACAACAGGCUUCUAAGAGACCAGCAUACCUGACCUUGGCUACAAUUGAAAACAUGUAUUCGUUUGAUACGAACAUCAUUUAUGCUCUUUUCCAAGAAGCCAUUUAUUGUGAAGAUGACAUUAAAUCUGAAUGGAGUGCUGAUCUGCUUAGAUAUCACCCAAACAAUGUCAAUUAUCAAUACAAUCCUUCAGCUAAUACCCCACUUUAUUUCACUGGAGAAAUGGUUUUCAAAUCAAUGUAUAAGGAUUAUUCUGAAUUGAAGUGUCUUGAAAAAGUUGCAGAUGCAUUGCACAAAAAGCAUGAUUGGAGUCAAUUGUACCAUGUGGACACCUUGAGACUGCUCACUUGGGAAAAGGUACCCAUUGUGGCAGCCACUUAUGUAUAUGAUCAGUAUGUUGACUUUGAUGUGACCAGAGCUGUGAAACAACAAGUUUUCCAAGGUAAUGGUAAUCUUCGUCAAUACAUCACUAGUGAAUUUUUCCAUAAUGGUAUUAGAGCCAAUGCUGAAAAGGUUUUAGGAUCUUUAUUUGAUUUACUUGAGUGUGAAAUUGAUUAA